GCUUAAUAAUAUUUUUCAUUAAAAUAAUUUUUUAGUUCUUGUUGACUACUUUCAGUUAGAAAUAGCAAAAUAUUAUUCUACUCCUUUGAAAUUGAAAAGUAGUAAAACAAUGGUUAAAAUAGGCAGAAUUUUUAAAUUUAAAAAUCAAACUUGCUGUCUGUAUCACAGUCAUUUAUCAAUAUCCAGGUUUCUUUUGCCGAGGAAGAAAUGACCUUAACCUUUUGAGUUAGAUUACUAUUUUAAGCUCAUAUUCAUGAAACUUAGAUGCAUGCUGAUCUUCGUACAGAUGGGUCUCCAGGUUGAAAUUCUGAAAUGAUGCAGAAACUACAGAAAGUACAUUUUGUAGAAUCAAUGUACAUUCCAAUGCAGUUCAGUGAUAAAUUAAAAUACAAGAAUGAUACAAAUGAUAACAAUGACCAAGAAUUACUGCACACUUGCUCACUACCAGGAACUGUUCUAAAGUGGAUUAACAUCUGCUCUGUUCAAUUAUCACAACUACCUAAGAAGGUUGAUACUGUCAUUAUCCUCAGUUUUCAAACAUGGAAACUGAGGCACAGAGAAGUUAACUUCUCUCAAGUUCAUCUGACCAGCGACUGAGGUGUGUGUAGAUGACCUUGGCAGCCAGUUUCCGAGUCCACAUGUCUUACCACUGCCUUCUGUGGCUGAAUAUUAAGGGUGAUCUUUCUUAUCAGUAUACUCAGUAUAAUUUGGUUAAAAUACACGCAGUCAAAAAUCUUAGUCAAGGCAGCUACAAUAUGCUUAUAAUUUGAUUUAAAUAUGCAUAUCUUAUAAUAAAUGCAAUGUGAUUAAAUUAUGUAGAGUCAAAUAAUCUUAAUAUAGAAAGCUGUUUUCAGGGUCCAACAAUUUAGCCAGGUAGUUAAAUGUUUCUACAUCUUUCUCCCUCAUCCCUCUAACAUAUGAUUGAGUUACGGUUGAGCAUCCCACUUGCCUCUGUGGCUGAAAUGGCACGUUUCUGUCCCAACUAUUAGCACAGUCUAUUUUAUGGUGAAUACAAAUGAUGAUCCCCAAAGCUUAUAUGAAUAAAUCAAUAUCAUCAAGUUAUGCUGUUGGAAUAAUUUUGUGCAUAAAUAUUCUGACUUGCCUAAUAAUAGUAUAAUUCACACUGUUAAUGAAAAUGAUAUUAGUGAAUAAAUAUUAAUAUCCUUAAGAGACAUUAUGGAACUCAGAGGAGAGCAGUCCUAAUUUACUCAAUUUUCAAAGUCAUUUGAAAUUAGGAAAAUUAUGUAAAUAAAAUAUUUCUGUUUAAUGUGCAUCACAAUCACAUAUACCUUUUGACUUAAGUUUUUGAUUAAGCACUUAAUCUCUCUGUGCCUCAAUUUCCUCAUGUGUAAAAUGUUUGGAACAGUGUAUUACAUACCAUAAACACUAUAAAAGUGAUGGCUUAGGAAAAAAAUUCUCUAAGGGUCAAUAAAAAUUAUGACCUAGUCUUUGUACUUAAUUGGCACAGAAUAGCCAUUUGAUGAUGGUCUUUACGUUACCCUGUAAUUUUAGGGGGUUUAUAUGUCAUAAGCACAGAUUUUUGACUCUCAAAUGUCAUUAUGAUAUACUAUAUUUUUUAUAUAUUUUCUUUCUAAACCAUAAAAUAACCUUAGAGCAUCAGGACCCAGCUUUUUGGGGACAUAACCAGAGUAUUCUAUUGUGUAAUCACUGUACCAAAUAAUUUUUUUCAGAAUAUACACAAUACAGAGUUGAAGAUUCUAUAUCAAAAUGAUCAGCUGUGAUGAGUCUGAGCUACAAGCCUUUUUCGCAAAUAAUAUUUUGUUAUCUGGUGAAUUUACAUUAGACCAUGGCUGCCAACUUAAAAUCCCUUUCUUUAAAGGAUGCAAUGUUGCAUAAUUAGUGUGCCGUUGCAGUCAGGAUGCUUGUACCCUUUGUUUUAAUCCUGGUAUAGAAUGCAACAGGCUAUCAGAGUGGGAAGGAACCUCUGAGACCAUCUAAUUCAACUUGUUCAUAAUAUAGAUGAGAAAACAGCCUCUGUCAGAUUCAAUGUCACACAGCAAGUUACUUGUCCAUUAGAAUCUCAGAAAUGUUUCAUUUUUAAAAAUGACUAUCUCAGUUAUUUUCUGCAUAACAGGUAGCAAUAGAUAACAAAGUAGCUAAAAACAGUAACGAUUUAUUUUUUCUGAUGAUUCUUUGCAUUGACAUAGCAGGCCUCUGCUCCACAUGGUACCGAUUGGGGUUACUCCAGUCAUUGAAGAGUUUGGCUGGGACACCUAAGUUGGGGCACCUCAGUAUUUCUCUACCUGGACUCUUUUGUCAUAUGUUAUCUCAUCCUCCACAGUCUCUCCGUGUGGCCUCCCUCUCUAGCAGGAUAUUCUGGGCCUGCAAUGACAUAUGUUUCAGCCCUAACUCAACGCAGUGUUCCUUACGUGAAGUACAAAUUAUUGUCCCCAGAGCUUGUCUGAGUAAAUCGACAUCAGGAAAUUAUGUUGUUGGGAUUAUUUCCUUACAGCAUAGUGGAUGGGUUCCAAAAGGCUGAAUAGUUGGGUUCUAAACUUCUUAGUUAUUCUCUUGGGAGCAACCCAAGAUAAUAAGCACCAACGUGUGGAAGUGCUUAUCUAACCUGUACUUGGAUCAUACUUGUGACUCUCUUUUGGUUGCAGCAAAUCUAUGGCUAAACCGGGAACAAAUGUGAGAGCACACCAGAUUAGGCUGUGAGUUAUGGAAGACGCAGUUCAUUUGGAGCAUCAGUGUGCCUGUCUACCAAACUGGCAGGGAAUUUAUGUGGUCAAGGUCAAGGAGCAAGUUGCAAUAUGCAACACAUAAUUUGAUGCCACUUUAAUUAAUUGAUUUUUUUUCAUUACUUCAGUAUACUGUGCACUGUUAUGGGUCUAUGAUUGGAUUGGGGGAAAGCUGACACUUUCCAGAAUUUGAUGAGCCAUGGGAAUGUUCACAUCGGUUUUGGCAACCACUGUUUCUUUAUUUCAGGUAGUGAGAUUGUACUAGAGCCAGGCAGCUCUCAAGUCUUUGACCAUAAGACUAGCACAGAUCCAACAUAUUUAAUAAAAAGUGAAGGCAUGUGAAUACUAUUUUGGAUAUGAUUCACUAAUAAAAAGAGCAAGACUUCAGUAUUAACCUUUUAUUGGAAUGAAAUUAUUCUGACUUGACCAUACACUAAACCGCCUACAGCCUGUCAGUUAGAAGGAAAAAACAAAGUGCCACCACUGAACUGCUGGCCUUCUAACAAAUAUCACUUAUUAGCAUUCACAGUAAAGGUAGGCAUGAAUCAACCAUGAAACUGUACCCUAUGUAAGGUUUCUGUUAGCUUCUCUCAAGUUUUGACACACACCUGUGUCACUGACAGCUAGUAUGCAAAUUACCUAAAAGCUCCAUUAGGCUAGUCUAGGCAAGGGAAACCCAUCUGUUAGUUCUGUGACACUUUCCCUUUUAGAUCCUCAUGUGGGAAUAUGUCCUUGAAACACCCAGAUGGAUGAAUUUGCGCCAGUGUCUGCCACCACCAACCUUGGGGGAAGUUGUCACUUCUGCUUGUUUUAUUGCCGUUAAUAUUUGAUGCCAUCUUCCUUCAGAUGCCAAAGAAUAAAAUUUUAAAUCUAAAACUUCAAAGGGUGGUGAAGGAUUUUAAAUUCCCAAUAAAAAGGACAUAUUACUUUUUAAGCACAAGAAAAUGGAACAUCAUGAUCCCUCUGUUUAAGAAUUAUGGUGCUCACUGGGUGUUUUUCAAUGCUAUGUGUGUGGUCUGGUGUUGACAGGAGAGAACAUACAAUUUCAAGUUAGCCAGUGCUUGUCAGCUGUUGCUGAUAGCUGUUGGAAGGUUUUAUAAAAGAUCAGGGCACGGUGAUAUUUUAGCAAGUUGCCUAUUAAGGACAUUUACUGGAAAUGACUUUAUGAUUCCUAUCCCUUUCUUCAAAAAAAAAAAAAAAGUCAACACAAUCACAUGUAAGCAAUUAAAAAAGGAAAUUCAACCACCUUUUUUUUUUUUUGGUGGUUUUAUGAGUAAACUCAAGUCUCUUGCCCAUCUCAGGUUGAAAUCCCCAGAGAAAAGGUAGAAGUGGCAGUAACAAAAUCAGAAGAGCAGCUAUCCCUUUGAUAAUUGACAUCUGUUCAUCAUAAACAGACUUCUUUCCUGCCAUUCAUCUGGCCUCGCAGAAAGAUCUACUCAUAUUUCACUCUAAAUGAAGCAGUCCUAUGCACCAGCUCCCCACCCCAUGGCUCCUCCCAGCCCCAGCACAAACAGCAGCAGCAACAACAGCAGCAACAACAGCAGCGGGGAACAGUUGAGUAAAACCAACCUGUACAUUCGAGGCCUCCCACCAGGCACCACUGACCAGGACCUAAUCAAGCUGUGCCAACCGUAUGGAAAAAUUGUAUCUACAAAGGCAAUUCUUGACAAAAACACAAAUCAGUGCAAAGGUUAUGGUUUUGUAGAUUUUGACAGUCCUGCGGCCGCACAGAAAGCGGUAGCAUCUCUCAAGGCAAAUGGCGUGCAGGCACAGAUGGCUAAGCAACAAGAGCAAGACCCAACAAACCUAUACAUCUCAAAUCUCCCCAUUUCUAUGGAUGAGCAGGAACUUGAGAACAUGCUGAAGCCCUUUGGACAUGUCAUUUCCACAAGAAUUCUAAGAGACGCUAAUGGAGUCAGCAGAGGUGUCGGCUUUGCCAGAAUGGAGUCUACUGAAAAAUGUGAAGUGGUAAUUCAACAUUUUAAUGGCAAAUAUCUGAAAACACCACCAGGCAUCCCAGCCCCCAGUGAGCCUUUGCUGUGCAAAUUCGCUGAUGGCGGACAAAAGAAGCGACAGAAUCAAAGCAAAUAUACCCAGAAUGGGAGGCCUUGGCCCAGGGAAGGAGAGGUACUCAGAGGCAGGACUGUCCCUAGGCAAAAUCGUGAAGCUGGCAUGGCUUUGACCUAUGACCCCACAGCUGCCAUACAGAAUGGAUUUUAUUCUUCACCGUACAGUAUUGCAACCAACCGCAUGAUUCCACAGACAUCUAUCACACCAUUCAUUGCUGCUUCCCCUGUCUCCACAUACCAGGUCCAGAGUACUUCAUGGAUGCCUCAUCCGCCAUACGUUAUGCAACCAACAGGUGCUGUGAUUACACCAACCAUGGACCAUCCCAUGUCAAUGCAGCCAGCCAACAUGAUGGGCCCCCUGACACAGCAGAUGAAUCACCUUUCGUUGGGCACAACAGGAACGAUUCAAUCCCAAGACAGGAUUAUGAUACUCCACCAGCUGUUGUGUCAGUAUAUGACUGCUGCUGCUCCUAUGCAAGGGACCUACAUUCCCCAGUACACGCCUGUGCCUCCGACAGCUGUUUCUAUUGAAGGUGUUGUUGCUGAUACCUCUCCCCAGACAGUGGCACCUUCAUCCCAGGACACCAGUGGUCAGCAGCAACAGAUAGCAGUGGACACAUCUAACGAACAUGCACCUGCAUAUUCUUACCAACAGUCUAAACCAUAAACAGGACUGAAGAAUGUCCGUCUGAAUCUUUGCCUUGAAUGAAGAAACUUCAUUGAACAAGAAGUUGGCUUCCAGUUUGCACAGACGUCAAUGGAAUGCAUUUUUUUUUUUCAGUUUUAUACUUUACCCAAUGAAAACAAAGUUUUUAUGUGCUGUGCAAAUGGUCUUCAUGUGGUCUGACAAUUUUUUUUGCCAUCUUUUUUUUAAUUAAAGAAAAAUUUUCCAGAAGAGGAAAAAAAAAAAAAAAAACUACAAAGCAAAAUAUCGAAGGUUGAUAUUUUAUCUGGAAGGACAUUUGAAUUGAAUUCAAAAUUUUCCUGAAGGUGUAGAUACAUUUUUUUUUAAAAAAACAGAAAACCUGAUGUCAAGAGGUGGGCAAUAGAAAUGGAAACAAAUUGUCUUCCUCAAUAAUUAAGCUACUUUCUCUUUUUCCCUUCUUGUUUAAAUCUAGUGGGUUUUUUUUAUUUUAUUUUUUCUUAGAAAUAUUUAGGUAAGGUUUAUCUUGAAUCUUAAUUGCCUUAAUUUUAAGGACGUCAAAGGCUCUCGAGGCAAGCUGUCAACGUCUUGUUAAAAUCAAAAAUCAAGAAAGAAUUGAAAUAUUGUGCCGGCUUUAACUGGUACAGAAGUUUAAGACUGAGUUUUUAGGGUGAAAAAAAACUGUACAGUUUAAAUGAAAAUGUUUUUCUUCAUUUGAAGAAAAUUUGUUGAUAAAGAAACCAUGGCAACUGCAAGAAUUGGAAAAAUGCUGGGACUUUUCAUGAACUUUGUCUUAAGUGUUGACAUGACUCAUUCUAAAAGGCUAAAACAUUUUACAGUAAAGUUAUUAAUGUUGGUUUAAAAACAACUGCAUUAGAAAUAAUGCGUGUUUGGGGGCAGAAUGCAGAUUUUUUUAAUUUACAAAGCGUGAUCGCUAGCAAAAGCAUUAGUGCUUUUUAUCUGCAGUCUUUUUUAUGAGCUUUACAAACUUUUUAGUCAGCUUUGCUUGUCACAUUGCAAAACCUAGCUUAAGAGCAUUAAAAAAAACUUAAGUAGAUAGGAGCUUAUGGUCAAAAAGUGCAAAAAAAACAAAAAAAAGCAAUAGAUAGAGAAAUUGUUGACAAUUUCUGUAGUCUUUCCUAGUUGUGAUCAAAUUCAGCCUAUGGAUGGCCUAUUUUAUACCAAAGAUGAAGUGACACCCUAUUACAGUCCAGAAGAUAGAGGUUGUUUUUCUUUUUUUUUUUUUUUUAAAAAAAAAAAAAAAUUUAUUUGACCGACAUGGCCGGACCAGUUCUUACUUUGUUGUUUGUUUAAACUACCUUCCACUGGUGUUUUACAUACUGCAAAAAAAGAGGGUGGGGGGAGUUGUCUUUCUUUUGUUUAAAUAUAUAUUCAUUGAUAGCAGAAGCUUGCACCUGUGUGUUUAACAGUUUCAGCACGAAGAGUUCUGGAUAUCAGCUGAUAGAGUCAAAAGACUUUAAAUUCUGUGAGCUUUCCUGGUUUCUCACUGGCCGUCUGGAAUAGUGAAACCUUUAUUGAUGGCCACUAGUAAACUAAGAUGCUUAUUUAACAGGUUGAAUAUUCUUUAUAUGAAUUUUCAGCUAACAACACUUUCUGAACCCAGUCUGAAAGGUCACUUGUCAAAAAAGCUUAGUGAUUUUUUGUGAAAUGUUGAGUGGUCUCCUGGAAAGGUCUCACUAUAUUUGUGACAAUAGUCUUCCCUCUAAAUUACGACACUUCUGGGUUUUGUCUUCUCACCUCUGUCUUUGUCAUCACCUACCAAGAAUAGUCACCUUGGUUUUGCAAAUGGGGAGGGGGUAUCUUCUUUUUGUCUCUUUCCAUUGUAUUUUCAUAUCUUGGUGUUGUCAAAAAAAACUUUUUCUUUCAGAUUAAUUCUUUGAGGCAUGUAAGACCUCUCAAUAAGAUUGAGAAUUCUAUUAGUGGAAUUUAGGGAAGUUAUUAAAAUGCUAGUUGACAAUCAAGAAACUGUAUGAUUUAGAUCAAUCAGAACCAAAAGAAUUAGGUUUGAUCAAUCAUUUAAGCCAAAGGAGGGAUACUUGCAUUUAGAAUGAUGCAAAACUUUGUCUAAAAUGAAUUAAAUUGACUUACUUAUAAAAUAUAUCUACAUUUUUGAUUCAUGAAAUAAUAUGUGUUCAACCUGUAGUUUUAUCUCAAAUUAAGGACAAUGCAAUAGAAUUUUGUUAAGUGAACUAUUCACUAGAUUGCUUUCUGAAUGAAUCCUUUGAAUCAAAUAGGUAAAAGUCUUUUCACAAACUCAGUCAGUAACAGGAGCCUGUCUUAGCCCACAAAAAAGAGGAAAAUGUAUUUAAAUAUACUAUAAAACAGGGUAGGCUUUUAAAAACUAAAAAGUUUUAAAGGUAAAUCACAUUCCCAUUAGGUCAACAUGAGUAAUAAGGCUGACUCAAUAUGAAACUGUCAAUAUUCCACUAUUUAUGUAGACUCUGGUUCUCUUACUUGCAACCCCAUGAAUUGGAAGCUCAAAUCAGAGAAUGACUCCAUAUAUUUAUGGUCACAUUGGAGACAAACGUGUAUCCAAGAAAAUGUGUGUGUUACAGAGAAAUUCCAACUGGUCACACUCACUAUUAUAGUUUUUCAUGCUUUGGAGAAAAUGCUAGAUUUAUAUUGUCUUUUGUUCCAUCCUUCAACUUCCCAUGCAUUGUAAAGGUGGCACGUAAGUUUUUAUCUUUAAAAAAAUGGGCCCCAAAGAUUUUGGGGGGUACAAAAAACGUGUAUGGGAACCAUAUUUUCUGUUUUUCUUUUUCACUCUCUAAACUCUUUGUAUAAACAAGGAUUGUCCUGGACAUAAUUCAUUUGAAUAUGAAACCAACAUACUUUCUUUCAUUUCUGUGAAAAAAGUCAAAAACAUGUAUUAAUGUGAUACAAAGAAAGUCUCAUUUACACAAUCAACAAUGAGGCUAAGAGGUAGCUACCACGUGGCUGAUGAACGUGCCUAGGUAACUUCCUGUUUCUAUUCAAAACUGCUGCUUUAUUUGUACAUUCAAAAAUAUUUUAUUUCAACUCUGAAACUUCAAUAAUCUCAAUUUUUAAGCCACUUUCUGCAAAAGGAAAUUACCUGCCAUUUUAUGUGUCCAUGUGCGUUUUGUGUUUGGAUAGUUUAUAUCAUGCCAUUCUAUAACAUAUAUGUUUUCAAACCAAAAAAAGAAAAAAAAAAGUGUCUGUUGUCUUACCUAAGACUUGUUUUGAAAAGCCAAGUUUGGGAGAGAAAAAAGCAUCAGCAGGUAAGCAGCAUUACAUUGUGUGAUAAUAAACCAAAGUAAGUGUUUAAUAUAUACGGACAGCAGAAUUCAAAUUUAAUCAACAAAAUAUGCUGUAGUGAUUUUAAACCUGAUUAAAACUAUAAUUUUUUUUGAAGUUGAAGUUAAGUUUCUAUGGAUUCUGGUCCACCAGAUUUUCAAGCAUUUAUUCAGAUGUUUCCAUUUUUCCUUUUGACUUGAAUUGCCAAGACUUAGCCUAAACAUCGGGAAACAAACUAAAGCCACAAUCCAAAUGAGAGAAACACAGUCUCAUCUAAACUCUAGUUUCAUGGUCAGUGAAAGAGUAAGUUUUCUUUUAAUAAUGAUAAAAGUGUCGCCAAGGGAGUCCAAGUGUGCAUGGUAACUGGGAACUCCCCAAUAUGUGGCCAUGUCCUCUGAAGACAACGUAAUGAACCCAAGUGAACUGAGGAUAAUACUGGCAGGUGCUGAUGGCCAUUGUCCUUGAAUGCUGACAUAUCUUGAAUAUUGCGACUGUCAUAAUACUCUUUUAAAAAAAAUCCUCUACCUGACUCUAGUUUUGCCAGGAUUAGUUUGCUUCCUUGGUAGAUUUCAGUAUUUCAGAAUGUUACCUCCAUAUUUCACUUGAGUUACUUCUUCCUGUGACCUUAGCAGAUCUGUCACAUUUGAAAGCAUAUGACUCACUUCCAUCCCCUUCCAAUGAAAAACUACAUGGUGUUAAAAGACUCCCAUUAGAGAUAAAAGACUGAGAACUGAAGAACACUGUGUAAAGCAGGAAGUCCACUUUAUUUUACUAUACCUAAGAAUAUAUCUUUGGACCCCUUGCGAAGUGCUUCAAAACUACUUUCAAUUUAUGUAUGCCCCAAAAAAGCAAUUAGUGUCCCCCCCCCCCAAAAAAAACCCUCUUUAUUUAAAUAAUUGGGAUAUUUGCUAAAUGCCUAUUUUUUUUAUAGUGGCCUAAAAACCCCUAUUAAUGAAAAGUGAAAUUUGAUGUAAUUAGGACUCUUGCAAUCAUCUUCACGAUUUGAGGAGAAGUUUCAAUAGGCUGUCUAGACAGAUUAUGAUGUUAAUAGGAGAUUAAAAUACAUUUGGCAAUUCAUUUUCAUUCUUAAUUUCAGUGCAUGAACCACUGCAGAUGAGCUGAUAAGCAGAGAGAGAUUCUCAAGUGGGUUUCAGUAAUAAAUGUUUUUUAUAUGAUUUGAAAUCAAGUAAAGGGACAAUAUUUAUGUACGUGUAUAACAACAUUCAGCACAUUUGAGGAUUCACGCGCUAUAAUAAAGUUUAAACAUGUCAUAGCACCUUGAUCUAUAUUACUUUCUCUUCAGUAAAAAAUAAAGGAUGAGAUAGUGUCUUCCACGUGAUUACAGCUGGCAUGCUUCAAAAUUUUGAGCUCACUGGGACUGACAGCCUCUCCCUUCAAUCUGAGGGAUUGACAGAAUUUAAACAGGCUCAUUGAUUCUGUACACUGUACCCUUUCUGUGGCACGUGAUCAUGGGAUUUCAUUAAUGAAUCAAUUUGUUUUACAAAUGACAUCCACUGUGGCAUUGGAAGACAGCUGGGUCUGACUCAAGUUUAACAUUUCUUUGCAAACAUUCCUAAGUAUGAAAUUGGUCCUUUCAUCCAAAUGUUCUUGGCCAUGGCUGUCCUUUGCGGAUUACAUAGACUUCAGGAAAGUAUAAAGAACUAAACACGAAAUCCCGAAGUGGCCCCAAAGACCUUUUAUGAUGUGGGAGACAGGAGUUCACCCCAGAUUAAUUUCUUUUAUCUUUGGCUUUAUACUGUAACAUAUAGAUGCUCUCUGUAGCAAAACAAAAGGGAUGAAUGGCUUUCAAUAUGCAUUUCUGUUUAUUUUUGUGAGGGAAAAUAAUAAGAAAAAUUUCUUCCACUCUGAAAGCUUUAGGGCUGAAGUAGAGGUGUAGUAAGCUUGGAUCUGCAGGAAGAACCACUAGGCCACUGAGUCACACUUGAGCUUGUCUUACUACUGCCCCAGUUUGAGUUGUGCAUAAAUACAAUCACUCUUAAAUUUUUGAAGGGCUAAUUAUCUGCUUUGUUGAUGUGUUUUGUCUUUUCUUUUUAGCUUGUAGGCCUUGGGCUCAGUUUUUUAUUUUUCUUUUUAUUAGCAUGUCACCCUGAGGGUGGGAAAAGAAACAAUGGGAAAUAAAAUUUGAUUAUUUCUUAUCAAGUAUUAAUUUCUUAAGGGAGUUUGAAAUCAUUGGUAAAAUUAAUGUCCAGACAUUAUAUGCCAUAAAUUUUGAUUAUCAGUAAUAUGUUUUCCUGUCUACCACAAACAAUUGAGAGUUAGCUGUAUUCUUGCAGAAUAUACAGAAAAAUAUUAUGGAGAAUUUGGCUUCCCUCAGAAGAAAGCUAUUUUCGUUCUCUUCACUCCACUAAAUUCAAACCAGUAGAACGGAUCAACACAACUUCUGCAAUGAGAGUAUAACAGUAGCUCAUGGUUCAGUCCUAUUCCUACUUUUAAAUCUUUGACCAAAACUAAUGCAUUGCUUUUGUUAUAUUUUGACUUUGCAUUACUAUAUUAAGGCUGAAUGACUCUGACACUCCGGUGGAUAUUUUUAUGAUCACAUCAAAUUUAAAUAAUGUCCAAAGUAUAACUUUAACGUUAUACGUUGUUUCAAACUCUCUGGUCUAAGGUUACUGAGAAAGAUGUGCUUUCCUCCCCCCCAAAUAUGUUAUCUCUUCAUAUGUUAAAAAAAUGAGUUAUUCCAUGCUUUUCAAGAACUGUAAAAAUUGUUUCAAAGAGACACUUGAAAAAGUUUUCUCGAUUCUGGACACAAAUGCUUCCAUUUAUUU